UGGUGUUUGCAGUCAGAGAGUCAAAGGCAAGUGAAGGUGGAAAGACAGACGGAGCGACAGAGCGCGGGCAGCGAGGCCACCACAGACCAGACAGACGCACGGACAGUGCCAUGACGGAACUCCAAGAAGUACAGAUCACUGAGGAGAAGCCACUGCUGCGAGCCCCAGGAGCACCUGAUCCGGGCAAGGAUGCGGAACUGAUAGCAGCCAAACUUCUGCAGGAACAAGGCCAGAAACACACGGUAGAGACACCUUAUGGGAUCGUGACAAUCACUAUCCAUGGAACACCCAAGCCCAAACGUCCAGCGAUCCUCACCUACCAUGAUGUGGGACAAAAUCAUCACUCGUGCUUCGAUACCCUCUUCCACUAUGAGGACAUGCAAGAGAUCAUAAAGAACUUCGUGGUGAUACAUGUGGAUGCUCCUGGCAUGGAGGAGGGUGCCCCAGCCUUCCCUCUGGGGUACCAGUAUCCUUCUCUGGACCAGCUGGCUGACAUGAUCCCCUGCAUCUUGCAAUACGUCAACUUUACCAGCAUCAUUGGAAUCGGAGUUGGAGCUGGCGCAUACAUCCUGGCACGCUACAGUCUUUCCCAUGCAGACACUGUGGAGGGUUUGGUUCUCAUCAACAUUGACCCCAAUGCCAAGGGCUGGAUGGAUUGGGCUGCUCACAAGCUGACUGGCCUCACAUCCUCCAUUUCAGAGAUGAUUCUGUCUCACCUCUUCAGCCAGGAGGAACUGUCUAAGAACACAGAGCUGGUGCAACAGCAGCGGGAUAUCCUCAGCCAUGCAACCAAUUUGCCCAAUAUUCAGCUCUACUGGAGCAGCUACAACAGUCGCAGAGACCUGAGCUUGGAACGUGGUGGAGACAUUACCUUCAAGUGUCCUGUGAUGCUGGUGGUAGGAGACCAGGCUCCUCACGAAGAUGCAGUGGUGGAGUGUAAUUCCAAACUAGACCCCACCCAGACUUCUUUCCUUAAGAUGGCAGAUUCCGGAGGACAACCACAGCUGACUCAGCCUGGUAAACUGACUGAGGCUUUCAAAUACUUCGUUCAAGGCAUGGGAUACAUCCCUCACAUACUGGACAAGAAACUGAGUCAGGGUGGCCUCAUCCUGCAUGACACGCCUGUCCCGCUCACGCACCGCCUCUCUGUCCAGUGCCGCCUCAGGGGACGGGAACCGCUCCCGCUCACGCACCCUGUCCCAGAGCAGCGAGGCAGGGGCACCCCAGCCGCCUGCCCCCACCAUGGAGGUGUCCUGCUGAGCGCCGGGCCAGGGGAUGAGACCGCCUCCCACCUCUGAACAGGACUUCUGCAAUCCCACAAUGCACUCCGGCCGCUGGGCCACAUGACGAUCUCCCCUAAUGGUACUAAACGUCCAGGGAGGCCCAGAGGGAUGCAGUUUUACUCUUCUUAAAACAAACAUUAACUUCCCCAAUCCAUCCUUUUCACCCAACACAUACACGCCUCCCUCACCCACCCUGCCCUUUUCUCCCAAGUAACCUAAAACUAGUAUCAGCUCCCCACUUUCUUUACUGACCCUCAGCCCCUAGAGAGGUAUGGAUAGAAUAAUAUGGAUUUUCUAAUCUGCUAGGUCCUCUCUACCUUUUUUUAAUUUUCUCUUUUGCCCCCAUCCCUUUGCACACUGAGUUUUCCUUAACAAGGGAGGUCUGGAGUAUCGUUGGGGUUUCUUUUUUGCCUAACUCAUAACUAACCAUUGUCCCUUCCCCUUAUUUCUGAGUGAUACAUUCUUGGAGUAGCCUGGAUGGGCAUUGGAUUUGCCUUGCUAGCUCUCUUGGUCCCCUCUGGAGUGUACAUAAGCAAAAGCAGAACCUCACAAGAGAGAUGCACGUCCCUGUAAGGGCUUGGAUUGCUACUGCCAUGCUGAGACAGUGCUCCUGAAACAAGAGUUGCUUUUCCCACCCCACCCCAUCCUCAUGUCCUCUCACCAUUUCGUCCACUUGGAUCUCGUCUCCCAAGAUUCCCAUCCACUUGACUGUCCUGAGAGGUUCUAGUUGCCUCUCAGACAAAUCCUGUUCUUGGCACUUACUCGAAAAGACACAGAGUCUUCCGUUUCUUUCCACUUCUCUCUCUCUGCUUUGAUUUUGUGUCCUCCUGUGCCUGUACUUAUCUUCCUCCUCAGCCCAAGUCUGCAUCGCUUAGUCAUUCUUUUUCCUCCCCUUCCUUAAAAAACUAACCCUUUGUAGCUGGUUUGUGGUGUGCAUGCAACAGUUCCUGCUACAACAGCAAGCUAUGUUGGCAACCAGGGGCAUUGGGGAGGCUGGAAAGGCUGAAUCGGGGGUGGGGGAUGUUAGGGGUGGGUGGGAUUGUUCCUCUUGGGAAUUUUCGGGGGAAUGCUGUGGGUGGGGGAUGGCUGGGAGCUUGAGCCGGAUUGCACUGUUGCAGCUGUGCCAGGCACAGGUGACAACAGGCCAGGAUUAUGCUGGCUUCAUGAAAAGAGAGGAAUGGAGGAGACUCCAGGAGUCACCAGCUGCAGAUAUUUUGCGAAAAGCGCUGACUCUGGUGGGCUCGGCCUGCUGGCUUUGAGCAAGGCUCUUGUAGCGCUGCAGAGGGUGAACUUUGUGUCGGCUUCUUCUGUAACGGGAUUCCAACUGUAUCAGUUCUCUGAAUGUGACUGGCUGUAUUAAAAAUACAUGUUUAGGUAGUGUUUGCCACGUUGAUCUCACAGAAUAAGGAAUCCAAAAUAAAUAAAGUAAAAUAUUUUCUUUGGACCAGCUGUCGGUGAGGGUAUUUAGUAUGUGAGUGACACGUUAUUGCUUUGUUGCGCUGUAAAGAAUUCUGUGGAACCUAAAAGAUGGUCCAGCUAGAAAGUCACCUUACUUAUUCCUUAAAUCUAAAGAGGCGCUGGGAGUUAAUAACCCAGCUGCCUGUAUAAAGGGGCAUUGUUUGAAAUGGGUUCCAGCUGGAAUUUUAACUCCCGCAUGUAAUGGGAUCCUGUUGUUUUGAGAAUGUGUGGGCUCUGUCUUAUUUUCCCCAGAGCAGUUGAUGGUGAAUCCCAACUCUUAACAAUAAAGUCUCUAGAGAGGAA